UUCAAAGCAGAGCUGUCAAAGUUCAGAACGAUAUACCCGGAGGGAAGCGAUUUUUGCUACAAUCUUUUUGUAGACAUCCGUCCAAAAUGAGAGAGAUAGUGCAUUUACAGGCUGGCCAAUGCGGCAACCAGAUCGGAGCUAAGUUCUGGGAGGUGAUAUCUGACGAGCACGGCAUUGACCCGACUGGCACUUACCAUGGUGACUCGGACCUACAGCUGGAGAGAAUCAACGUAUAUUACAAUGAAGCCACGGGUGGGAAAUACGUCCCACGUUGCGUACUUAUUGACCUGGAGCCCGGCACCAUGGAUUCUGUCCGUUCCGGACCCUUUGGACAAAUCUUCCGUCCGGACAAUUUUGUGUUCGGCCAAAGUGGAGCAGGCAACAACUGGGCCAAGGGGCACUACACCGAAGGCGCAGAGCUGGUCGACUCCGUGCUGGACGUGGCUCGUAAGGAGGCCGAGAGUUGUGACUGCAUCCAGGGUUUCCAAGUGACCCAUUCACUAGGGGGAGGCACCGGCGCUGGGAUGGGGACUCUACUGAUCAGUAAAAUCCGAGAGGAGUACCCCGAUAGAAUGAUGAACACUUUCAGUGUAGUGCCUUCGCCAAAGGUGUCCGACACUGUGGUGGAACCGUACAACGCCACCCUGAGCGUACACCAGCUGGUUGAAAACACGGAUGAGACGUACUGCAUCGACAAUGAGGCUCUGUACGACAUCUGCUUCCGUACACUCAAGUUGACCACGCCCACUUAUGGUGACCUCAACCAUCUCAUUUCCGCCACCAUGUCUGGCGUCACUACUUGCUUACGUUUUCCCGGUCAGCUGAAUGCAGAUCUCCGCAAGCUGGCCGUGAACAUGGUGCCCUUCCCCCGUCUCCAUUUCUUCAUGCCCGGCUUCGCUCCUUUGACUUCUCGCGGCAGCCAGCAGUACCGCGCUCUCACCGUCCCAGAGCUGACUCAACAAGUGUUUGAUGCCAAGAACAUGAUGGCUGCCUGCGACCCACGACACGGUCGCUACCUUACCUGUGCCGUCAUGUUCAGGGGACGGAUGUCAAUGAAGGAGGUUGAUGAACAGAUGUUAAACGUUCAGAACAAAAACAGCAGUUAUUUCGUGGAAUGGAUCCCGAAUAACGUUAAGACCGCGGUCUGUGAUAUCCCGCCACGCGGUCUCAAGAUGUCUGCCACCUUCGUCGGCAAUACGACAGCCAUUCAAGAGCUUUUCAAGAGGAUCUCAGAACAAUUCACUGCCAUGUUCCGGCGCAAAGCCUUCCUCCAUUGGUACACGGGCGAGGGUAUGGACGAGAUGGAGUUCACCGAGGCGGAGUCCAACAUGAACGACCUUGUUUCUGAAUAUCAGCAAUAUCAGGACGCCACUGCUGAAGAGGAGGGAGAAUUUGAUGAGGAAGAGGAAGAGGAGGCAUAAAUUCAAUUCUCAUACUAAAUGCCCAGUCCGCGAUUUAUUGUUAAAACUUGGACUAACUCCACUGGUCAUUGAGUGUCAAAGGCAAAUGUAUUGUUUAUAAAAGUAUAAGAUGGCCAAACUACAUAUAUGGAUUAAAGUUUUUAGAGUGCUAUUUGCGAAUAUAACUUUUAUACUCCUUAUAACUUUGACCUGGGUACUAUUCAAUCUCGCAUUUUAAUUACUUCUCUGCUUUUGCGGUUUUCUAGUGCAAAUUUUUUGGUGUGUGCAAUUUUGUGCGACAGAAAUAUCUUAUGAGUGAAACAUCUAACCUUUAAGUUUUUAGAAAAAUUGCAUUUAACACAUCAGGUUAACUGAAACCAAGUUAGUAUAUGUUUGUAACGGCAGUAAGUAGUGUUUUUAUAUAAUGAACUGUUUUACCAUGUACACUGCUGUAUUCCUACAGUAUUCCAGUAUGUAUUUUUUCUUCGCAUACUUGUGGCGAUAUGAAUGAAAAGUGUCCAUUUUUUAUCUUGUAUAUAUUAAACCUUU